CUCUGUUGUUGUUAUGCCAGUAUGCUGCCUUAAUACAAACAGUUAGACAUCCUUCUUUUAAGAGAAAAAUACAGUUUUUGAACCAGGAAUAUCUGGAGAAGUAUCGUCUGAACUGAGAUCUGCUGCUGUGAAAAUGGAGUUUAUUAAAGAAGAGAGUGAAGAGAACACGAGAGAACCAGAAACCUGGAGAAUAAAACACGAGGAACCAGAAACCUGGAGAAUAAAACACGAGGAACCAGAAACCUGGAGAAUAAAAUACGAGGAACCAGACACCUGGAGAAUAAAACAGGAGGAACCAGAAACCUGCAAAAUAAAACAGGAGGAACCAGAAACCUGCAAAAUAAAACAGGAGGAACCAGAAACCUGGAGAAUAAAACACGAGGAACAAGGAGAGUUAAUUGAAGAAAAAGAGGAGAAUGAAGAAUCAAAUGAAGUUGAGGAGAAAAAUCAUGUCAAAACUGGAGGAAAACCAAUGAGUUGCACUCAAACCAAACCGAAAGAUUUAAAGAAAAAAAGAGUCAAGAAAUCUUUCACCUGCACUCAGUGUGGAAAGAGAUUCACACACAAAACAGGUUUUGAGCGUCACAUGAGAAUUCAUACUGGAGCAAAACCAGUCUCUUGUGAUCAGUGCGGGAAGUGUUUCAAACAAUCCGCAAACCUGAAGAGACACAUGAACAUCCACACUGGUGAGAAGCAGCACGCAUGUGAUCAAUGCGGUAAAAUGUUUUUACGGGUUUCACUUUUGAAGAAACACUUAAAAGUUCAUGCAGAGGAGAAGCCACAUCCAUGUCAUUUGUGUGGUAAUAGGUUUUUGCAUCCACAAAGUUUGAAAGUACAUAAGAAAACGCAUACUGCUGAUACAGAGUACAUGUGCUUUGAGUGUGAAAAGACUUUUAGUUCAGUGAGCAGUUUAAAACAGCACCAGAGGAUCCACACUGGAGAGAAACCUUAUAAGUGUGCACACUGUUACAAGAGAUUCAGUCAGUCAGCAAGUCUGAAAAGACAUGAGAGGAUUCACACUGGCGAGAAACCUUAUAAGUGUUCACACUGUCACAAGAGAUUCAGUGAUACGGCAAGUCUGAAAAGACAUGAGAGGAUUCACACUGGCGAGAAACCUUAUAAGUGUUCACACUGUUACAAGAGAUUCAGUGCGUCAGCAUAUCUGAAAACACAUGAGAGUAUUCACACUGGCGAGAAACCUUAUAAGUGUUCACACUGUAACAAGAGAUUCAGUCAGUCAGCAAGUCUGAAAAAACACGAGAGGAUUCACACUGGAGAGAAACCGUAUAAGUGUUCACACUGUGACAAGAGAUUCAGUCAGUCAGCAAGUCUGAAAAAACACGAGAGGAUCCACACUGGAGAGAAACCUUAUAAGUGUUCACACUGUGACAAGAGAUUCAAUGUUUCAUCAAAUCUGAAAAAACACGAGAGGAUUCACACUGGAGAGGAACCGUAUCACUGCACUGUACGUGGGAAGCAUUUAAUUUAGUCAUUUGUUAUACACAGUCAUAUAAAACAAUCACAGUACAAACGGAGACACGUUUAGCUGUAUAUGUACAUUUUUCCUGUGGUAUAUAUGUUUUGUCCAGAGAAAUCCGGUGUUUUGGGAGAGUGAAAUCCCUAUUUCUUGAAACUGGGUCCCAGAGUGCAUAAAUCUUAAAAUGACACCUUUGCAUUUUCAUGUGUACAGCCAAUCCGUAUAU